AUGUCUACUGAGUCCUCUCCCGGACAGGCCAUUGUGACAGCAAUCCUUGCUUCUCAACUCAUGUCUGUGCCAUUCACCUGCUCUAUAACAUUACUUGUUUCAAUUUUCGCCUGGCGUUAUAUCUCCAAGACCUCUGCACGUGGGAUCCCGAAGUUGGGAUAUUUUGAAUACCCCUGCACGAAUAGCAGGCCAACAAGGACGGAAAUGACGAGAGCAGGCGCUGGCUUGGUAGCUACAAUCUGUGUUGUCUUAACCAGUAUAGAGUUGGUGCAUGUAUAUCAAGCGGCCGUCGAACACCCCCGGGAUCUCAGCUAUUUUCAAAAAACUCCUUGGACUUUUGCAUUAAUCCCCAUCCUAACUGCCAUUGUCAACGCCACCAGCCAACUAUACUUUUCUCACAAAGCUUGUAGGAAUCACCUUGAAUUGAAGCUUCUCACAGUUUUGGGGCUGUUAGGUAUCAUCAGUCUGGUAGGAGGAGCUUCUUCAAGCAUUGCUAUGGUUGUCAGUCUCGCUCGAAGCUCACACAAUCGAGGGACCCCCGUAUCAGAGAGGCUUUUUUGGGCGUAUUUGAUCACCUCGACCAUUUCAAGUGGUUUGAUUAGCUUUCUACUCGUUGGUUCAUACAUGAAACAAAGGCAAAUGAUCAAGAGGGAGUCGCUGAGGAAUGCAGCGGUGAAAUUUGAACGCUUCACGUUUGCCUCGAUCAUCAACUUCUUCCUUUCAAGCUACACGCUGGUUUUCAUUCUGGAGAUAAGCUCCUUUAUUUGUGCUUGUUCUUCGCUCUCCUCAAAUUUCACUGUGGCUCUUCAUGCCAGUCAAGCUUUCUUCUUCUUGCAAAGGCUCACAAUUUGCUUCAUGUCACUAUCCCUCGUUUACGCUCUCCUUAAAGAAAAUGCGACUACUCCGAGCGAGAGCCCCAGCGCGAGCGUCACGUUUGAAAAAGUUCAAGAAUCUGACCCUGAAAAUGGACGACAACCCGACCCGAAACAAGAAAUCAUUCCACGCAGGCCUAACAGACCAAGUGAAGUAGAUGUGCAGGACAUAGGCAGAUUUGAUUUAUCCACUUAUAACAUCUCUGAACAUAAACCACUUUCAUCGGAAGAAGAGGAGGAAUUUGAUGAACUUUUUGCCGAUACAUUUCCGUCUGAGGUUGUUCCGGUAGCUGAAGAUAACCCGGUGACAAAUACUUCAUGGCCAAUUGUCAACAGAAUCUCAGCAUCGUUGUCUCUACCUGAGAAAGCACUUGGUGAAUUUACUGCAUUGAACAAAUCAGCCAAGCCGAAGCUCUUCGCUCCUUCUCCGACAAAAGCAGCCAACGCUUACCCCGAUGCGAAGCCUACAGCUUAUGUCAGAUCAUGUCAAGCCAACGCCGGUGUCCAAUCAAAGAUCGAAAAAGUCUUCUAG